CAAAUACCGUGCCACGAAACCGCAUCAAUUCACUGUCUAGAUAGUACACUGUGAUGUUUGUAAUUUGUGACAUGACGAUGGCUGCCCUGAAACGCCAGUAAUUUGUUUUCGUCAAAGUGCUGUAGGUUGCCAUACUAGUAAGUCCCGGCAGUAGAUACGAAAGUUAUUGAUGCGUUUUGGAAAUCAGUUUGUUAGUGUUUAUAUGUGAGUAUUGUGAAACACCGAUACUGUGGAACAUUUCGUCCUCGAAAUUUAUAAUGAAAGUCGCUGAUUGUGUACGGCGUGAAGAUUGGAUGAUGUUGUUAUGGAAUUUGCAGGGAUAUGAUCAACAGAAACAGUCUCCAGGCUGCCUGUGAAGCUGCAGCCCGUGUAAACGCUGUUCUAUUUGCGAAAGGGAAACUGAAACAAGCGGCGCCACAGUUGCCUAAGGUUGGAAACACUGUACGCACAACUGCUGAUCUCUUCACUUCUGAGUAUGAGAUAAAUGAUGUUCCUGUGGCAGCCCGAAAUCUGCUAACUAAGGGUCUCAUACAAGAAGAAAUAAACUUAUCUUCAGGUGCUGCAGUUUCCACACGCGGGAGGUAUUUGACUAUAGAAGAAAGACAAAGAAAUCCAGGCUUACGUCCACUGUACCUCCACGUCCAGGCUUCUUCAAAAGAAGCUGUUGACUUGGCUAUACAGAAGAUUGAGGAGCUAAUACAGCUCCACGUCCAAGGAAUGGAACAGUUACCACAUCAGGUUGGGAGGCCUAGCAAAUUCAAAAUGGGACCUCCACAACAGGGAAUGCCCCCACCGCUUAUGAGUUUACAUACAGCCAUACCUGGUGUGGAGAAGGUUCUGGUUGGACUAGAACAUGCCCCUCCAGCAUUUGAUUUACGCAACAGGCUUAUUGGUCAGAAUGGAACCAAUUUGCUUUACAUACGUAAUGAAACAGGUGCCAUGGUGACACUCAGAGGUAAAGGAUCGGGUUUCAUUGAACCAAACACUGGAACGGAAUCAAUGGAACCUCUUCAUUUGUGUGUGGAGCAUCCAAAAUACGAUAUUCUCCAAGCAGCUCGUCAGCUGGCGCAUAACCUUAUCGAAACAAUGCAGCAAGAGUAUGCUCAGUUUCAGCAACAACAGCAGCAGCAACAACAGCAGCAGCAGCAACAACAGAUGGUGAUGCAGCAUGCAACACAGAUGCAACAGAACAUGAAUAUGGGUGGCAUUGGACAACCAGGGGUUGUAACAGUACAACAAGACUUACCACAACAAGCUGGUAUCAUAGGAACUUCAGUGGCUAUGCCAGUUGUAUCAUCCGUCCCUACUGUUUUUACUGGGCAGCAAGUUCAGCAAGCAGUUGGACAGUUGAGUGGUCCACCUCCUCCAAUAAUGGGUGUGCCACCACCACACUUAAACCAGCAGAUGAUUCAGUCACAGCAACAGCAGCAUAUGUUGUCACAACAGCAGCAACCUCCACCAACAUCACAACCACAGCAGCAACAACCACAUCCACAACCUCAUUUACCACCAGUUCAAGUGCAACUUCCUCCACCUGGCCUACAUAUUCCGACACAUCAAGGUCCACUUGUCCCGCCCCAACAGCAUACCACGCAGCAGCAGCAGCAGCAGCAACAUCUACAGGCCAUUCUUCAACAGCAUCAUCAGAUGCAGCAGCAGCAGCAGCAUCAUCAGCAGCUCCAGCAGCCACCUCUCCAGGACCAGCAGGAAGCAGCACUCCAGCAUGUGCCACCUCAGCAGAUGUCCAUUCAUCUGCAGCAGCCGGUUUGUAACUCUCUUCAACCUGUUAUGCAGGCCGUGCUGCAACAGCAGCUCCAUCAUCAACAGCAGCAGCAGCAGCAACAGCAACAACACCAACAACAGCAGCAACAGCAGCAGCAGCAACAACCAUCACAGCAGCAUCAGUUGUUGCAGCAGCCCCCGCAGGUUCUGCUUCAGCCUCCACCGGGCCAACCCCAAGGGCUUGUGGCACAGAAUGGACAAGUUCUGAUGCUGCCCCAACAGCAACAUCUGCAAGGUCCUCACACAAUUCUACCGCCAACCGCAGUCCCGCCACCAGGACAGCAGCAGUUACCUCCUCCACAGUUUGGCAGCACAGUACUUGGUUCUCCAAGUCACAUGUAUCUCCCGCAGCAGGCUCAGCCGCAACAGCCACCCCUGCACCAAGGCCCCCAAAUGCAUCAACAACCCCCUGCUCCUGUCCCAGCUCCUGGACCUGAGCCCCCGCAGCCAGUCCAACAUCCACAACAGCAGCAGCAACAGCAAUCACAACAGCAGCAACAGCAGCCUCAACAGCAACAGCAACCACCUCCUCAGCAUCAGCCUGCAUCACAAGGAUACCAACCACAGCAUGCCAUGGCUACAGUAUCAUAUCCUUACCAGUAUGUCCAGAAUUCUGGACCUCCCGCCAUGACAUAUCCAACUUUUAGCCGUCUGGACCAGCAGCAGCCUCCACAGCCGUUGCAGCAGCCUCAAGGUCAUGUCAUGCCAAUUCAGAAUCAGGGUCCACCAAUGCAGGGACAGUUGCCACCAAUGCAAGGCCAAACACUAUCAAUGCAAGGACAAACUCAGGCAUUGCAGAUGCAGAAUCAUAUGGCCCCUCUGCAAGGUCAUGUGCCCCCUGUUCAAAACCAAGGUCCACCACUUCAGAAUCAGGUUCUACCUGUACAAAGCCAAUGUCCUCCUGCACAAAACCAAGCACCUCCAGUUCAGAGUCAUGGAGGGAUGCAGUUGCAUAGCCAGGGGGCACUACAAAUUCCAAAUCAAAGUACUGUAACACUCCAGAAUCAAGGUGGUCCCCCUAAUCAGGUGACAGCAGUGCAAGGGCAGGGCCCUUUGCCAGUGCAGCAAGGUGCUGGUGUACCUCCUGUGCAAUGUCAAAAUCCCCAAUUGCAAGGCCAAGUAUCACUGCAAGGACAAGGCAGUUUGCAGAUGCAGAAUCAGAUGCAACAGCCACCUCAGGCAUUGCCUUGGCAGACACCAACCCAAGCUCAAUCCCAGCAGCACCAAGGAACGGUCACCUACCAGCAGCAACAUCACAUUCAGACACAACAAUCAGUGAAAACUGGGACCAAAGGAGGCCAGAAGAGAAGAUUCACAGAAGAAAGAGAGGAUUCAGGUGAUAACUUCCAGGGCCGUGUUAAUGUUGGCACUGUGACUGGUGGAAACAUACAGCAGUCACAACAGCAGCAACAGCAACAGCAGCAACAACAACAGUCAUCAGCCCAGCAGCAGCAACAAGCUGCACGACAGGGAAUGGGAAUGGAUGAAAUGAUGCAACGCCAGCAACAGCCUGAACAGCAGCAGCAGCCACAGCAGCAGCAGCAGCAACAACCACCACAGCAGCAACAACCGCAACAGCAGCAGCAACAACAGCAGCAGCAGCAGUCACAGCAACAGCAGCAUCAACAGUCGCAGCCACAGAUACUCACAUCAAGUGAUAAACGGCAAGCAGAUCAGGAAACAACUCCAAACAAGAAGGUGAAAGGAGAAGGUUAUGAAGAGGACCAAGAAACACCUGAGGCAAGUGCAGAACAUAAUACUGCUUCCAGUGGUAACAACAACAGCGACAACAAUGCUGUUACCAGUAGCUCCACAAGUGGCGGCAAUAGUAGUAGCAGCAGUAGUAGUACUACUAGUGCUAAUAAUAGUACUACUAUUCCAGUUCAGCUGACCUCCACUUCAGCUACCAGUCGUACGGAAUAUCACAGAAGAAGUGGAGGCAGUGAUCGUACAGAACAGAGAGACCGCACAGACAGAAGCACUGGGAAUAGUGGUGCAGAAAGACCUUCAUUCAACCAUUAUUCUUCCAAGCCUCAGAUGUAUAAUGCUAGCUUGCCAUUUCAUGUGCAUGGAAUCAACAUGUACACUUCUCCCCCUCCUCCACCCCAGCCAUCACAACCUCAGCAAACACCUCCACCACCCCCACCACCACCUCCCAACCCAUAUGGACCAUAUUAUAGCCCGCAGAGUCAGUACCAGUAUGCUCCAUAUUGGAUGAUGCCCCAGUAACACAAAUAUUUCCCGGCUGUCAGGCACUCUUCAUAUAUUGCACAGUGAUAAUACAUGUAUGUUUGUGUAAGUAAAAUAAUUUACUAUGGAAAUAGAUUUACUUAAGUGUUGGAAGUAAUUUCACAUUAUAUUACAUGUCAAAGGUAUUAAUGUAAUUGUUUGGAGCUCAGUUAUCUACUUUGUGCAGCAGCAGCAGUAGAUAGUGUAAAUGAAAAAUAUUUGUGCAUAUAUGUUGUUAGCAAUUUGAAUUGUAUUCUGUAUGUGAAGGCCUUCAGAUAAUUUGUUGUACAUUGUGUUGUAGCAAUAGACAUUUAAUGUACAUUUUACAAGUUAAGUAUUAAAAAUUGCCAUGCUCCUUCUGAUUUCAGAAUGCUAUGAGAUUUAAAACCUUGUGACACUGCCAUCCAAUUGGAUGCUUAUAAUGAAACAAGUAGACAGCGUUAUGUUAUGGACACCACAAGAAUUAAAGCAGUGUGUAAGUGUUUGUGUUAUCCCACAGUUACUUCGAGUGUGUGUUUCCUGUACCUCUUUGCUGUUUGAUAUCACUUUCCCCACACCCUUAAGCUACCGUGAUAUUUGUAUAGACACCAAUUAUCGAACUAUCAUAUGAUGACAAUUGCAGCAUUAUGAUAUUUGAA